AUGAGUAAGGAAGUAAGCCCAACAGAGAUCAAAGGAAGGGCAAGCCGAAAGCAUUUCCCUUAAUUGGAUUUAAGUGAACUUAAGCCAAAAAUCAGUUUCCUUGAUAGUUUAUGUAAGUAUUCCCUCACUAUUAUAUCGUAGUGUACAAGAAGUACCAACUCAAUAAGAAUGUGCAGUAAUAUACAGUGGGGAAAGCCUAUUUGGAAUCCCAAAAGGAGAGAGUGAUUUUUAGAGUGUUUAAGGAUUCCGAUUUGAACAUAUCCUCUAUCUUCCAAUAGAAACUUAACAAAACAACAGUGGAUGACGAUGCGAUGACUACUUACUCACAGAUUUCUCACGCGAAUAAAUAAAACAAGAGGGCUAUAAUAAGGAGGAUAUAUGAGAAGGAGAGGUGUUCGAAAAGCUAAAAAGAAUGCAUUGAGGAAAUGGAGCAGUCUCUUUUCGGAUCGGAGGAAGAAUCUCAAACCGAUUGCACUUAACAAUCCAAUCAAGAGGGGAAAUCUGGUCAGUUUAUUUAAUCUUCUUGA